CUGCACUUCCUCAUCCAUUCAUCUACCUAUCGAUCGAAAAAUGGCAACCACAACCACGCACCAGCACCGCCAACCCUUCGCUCCCCUCAACUCCUCUCGUCUCCAAUCGCUCGUCAACCUCAAGAAUCGUCAGAAUGCAGCAGCAGCAGCAGCAACAACGCUCUCCCCACCCAGCAAACGCAAAGCCACCACCUUCGAACACGACGACAACGACAACCACGACACCGAGAACAUCGACCCCAUCAUCUUCCUCUCGUCUCCGAAACGCUCCAAAGGCCUCUCCGCCGACUCCCUCAAACCACAACUACCAGCGACGAAUUUCUUCCUCACUCGCGCUUCUCUUCCUCCUAAGCCGCGACCGAUUCUGAAUGCAAGAGCCCCGAGAUUAGAAACUAAACUCCCGCUCUCAGCACCAGCCGGGCGCUCCCCGACACGAAAACGCAUCGGGAUCCUCAAUCGUCGCAAGACGACCGCGGGACGCGUUGAUCCUCCGCCGCCGCCACGCUUCGCUGCCCCGACCUCUUCCACUGGAUUGGGGUUCUCCAUCGAUGCUGCGCUGUCGGGGACCAUUCCUUCGUACUCGUCUCGUCAAGCUUCAUCUUCUUCCUCUACCUCGUCUUCGUCCUCGAUCAAAGAUGGAUUAUCGUCCAUCCCCCUCCUCCUGCAUCAACCGGAAGCCAAACCCACCUGGUUCUUCGACAUCCACGAAGACACGGAAGAGGAGCUGGCGACGAACCUAAUGGAGCACGGCGCGUGCACGCUGGAUAUUAGUUCGGAUGAGGAGGGAGCGGGAAGGGAGAGGGAUGCGCGGGGCAAGGAGAAUGUGCCGCCGGUGGAUGAUGUGAGUCAGACGUCAAGAGGAAGGAGGGCGGUGCAGGAGGAGGGCAGUAUUGAGGUUGAUCGGAGUCCGUUGGGGGAUUUGUGUAAGGAGGAUUUUUACGCCGAGGGGGUGGCGGAGGGGGAUGUUUUUGUUGUGAGGGAGGAGGAGGAGGGGGAAGAGGAGAAGGAGGUGAGUGUCGAGUUUGAUUUUGCUGGUGGGGAGGGGAAAGAGGUUGUUGAGAUUGAUGUUGUGCCGGAAUUGGAUGUCGAGACUUUGAUGCAGAGACCGAGUUCGACGGCUGCGCCGAAGGCGGCGUUGUUGCAGCCGAUUGAGAAGGCGGAGGAGGGGUUCGAGCUUUGGGAGAGUGGGAGUGCGAAGGAUGGGGAGUAGGGGUGCUGUCUUGUUGUUUUUUUGAAAAGCUUUAGGUGGGAUGGGAUGGUAUGGCGUUAUUGUAUAUCCUGCGUGCCUGCGUGCGUGUAUUGUUUGCUUGUUUGCUUGUGAGGGGGAUAUACCAGUAAUUGAAUUCCUUUUUCGUGAUGUCUACCUA